AGGAGGUUGAGCUGCAAUCAUCGCAGGGCAGUUGAAUUACGAUCGUAUGAGUUUUGUGAUACAUUAUUGUGUUGAAUUUUGUCGCGUUCUCGCGUGUCGAAGGUUGAACAGUCGUCGCGGAGUAGUGCAACUUACGUAAUUGUUAUUGCUCCAAUAAAGGUGUUGAACGUAUAAAAAUCUCCAUCUUCGAGCUUGAACGUGUGAAUUUUCCGUAAUGGAUAAAAUCGAUAGCGAGUCCGCGAAAGGAAAGCAAAAAUGAAAAUACACGAUGUGUGACUAAUCCUGCAUUAUAAUAUACGCGCCGAAUUUCAACUGCAAAUUCAGCGUGGUGACUAAUAAAGCUUUUGUUCCCAAGGGGAGCUUUACUGCUGACGAAGCUUCUCUUCGAUACGUCUUUAUUUUUCAAAAUAUAUUACAUCUCUUUCGGUUUCUCGUCUUACUCUCAGUCGUACUUAAUGCAGUCGAGAUCUGCAAUUCGACGCAGUGACAAUUGUGCAGCGAGUGUCAACUAAUCGUAUAUACAAAGCACAGCAAUGAGUCGGCUACCGCUGCGUCUAAUCACGUUCGACGUGACGGACACCCUGCUGAGGACGAGCAUAGCUCAGCACUACGCCUCGGCGGCGGCAUCGCAGGGCCUCGGUCGACUGGACGGUGCGCGUCUCGAGCGAGCUUUUCGCGCCAAUUACAAGCGGCUGUCGGCGGCCCAUCCGAAUUACGGCAAGAGCAGCGGACUCGGCUGGCAGGGCUGGUGGAGACAGCUCGUGCACGACGUCAUCAGGGAUCAGCAGCGGGACGCGCGCGACGACAAGCUCGACAAGAUAGCGGAUAACUUGAUCGAGUGUUACAGCACGAGCGAGUGCUGGCAGCUCUGCCCGGGCGCGCUCGAGUUACUCGACAGUCUCAGCCAGAGGCGGCCCCGCUUGGUCCUCGGCGUGGUGUCGAAUUUCGACGAGCGCCUCGAGGCCGUGCUGCGCUCGGCGAGGAUCCGAUCCUAUUUCAACUUCGUGCUCACUUCCUACCAGUUCGGCAAGGCCAAGCCCAAUCCGGAAAUAUUUCAGGAAGCUCUGAGGCUGGCGUCGAGUCACGCGGGCGAGAAGAUCGAGGCCGAUCGCGCCCUCCACGUGGGCGAUCGUCUGGACAACGAUUACGACGGCGCGAGAUCGGCCAAUUGGCGCGCGAUCCUCGUGAAUCGCGGCGGCGAGGCCGGUGGCAAACCCGUCGAUCCCAGGGUCGAUCCGAGCGACGUGUUCAAAAAUUUCGAUGACCUCAGAAAGCACUUCGACAAUGUGCUGGACAUUAAGGACGAAUCAAGAUGAUAAUUGGAUAAUGAUUUUUGCAUCGUGCGAUGCAAUUUUUACUGAGAUUAUUGUGCAAAUGAUGGCGAAGGGCGUUUUGCCAGGAGGUUGACAAAAAUAAUUGUAAUAUAACUAGAUCGAAUGAUUUCGUUGUAUAUCUUGCCAAUGAAACGAUGUACUGAGAAACGCAAGCGACCAUGUGCGGUCGAUGUACGAAAUAUUUUCUUACACUUUUUUUUCUAUGUAAUACAAGAGUAAUUAUACGAUACGUUGACUUUGUAAUAAUUUUACAUAAAUGUCAAUUUUGCGCUGUAGUUAAAAAGACACAAAUAGUUUGUAAUCGUCAAAGUCUGAAGUAUUAUCACAGAUCUGAAUAACAUAAUUUAUUUUCAUACAGCCAUAUUGUUGAAUAUAUUAUAUUUUAUACACACUGAUAUA